AUGCCUCACCAAACCUCCACCAACGACCUCAAAUCCGUCCUCGACAGCCGCCCUUGCGAGUUCAAGAUCAAGGCUGGUGGUGCAACAUGGAAGGCUGUCGUCCACUCUGACCGCGCCGCAUAUGAUCGCGUCAAGGCCCAGCGCAUCAACUCUGGUUCGUCUGUGUCGUCGGGGAGCUCCAGCGGUGCCUCUUCCACCAAGUCGACAUGA